AUGCGAGACAGAUCUUAUACUCAGGCGUCGAGCAGCGGUCUGACGGACCAUCAGCGAAGGCCUCUUGAAUCAAAUAUUGGCGGUAGUCAUAAGGACGCUGACAAGUGUAUUGAUGGACUUGCUGUUGGAAUCAACUCUGGAUAUAAUCAACUUAUAUUAGUACCUGUCAAAACAGUUGGGUGGACGCCGCUGCACGAGGCGGCCAACCACGGGCACCGCGACGUGGCGGCGGCGCUGCUGGCGGCGGGCGCCUGCGUCAACGCGCGCGGCCUGCACGAGGACACGCCGCUGCACGACGCCGCGCUCAACGGCCACCACGAGGUGGUGCGGCUGCUGCUACAGCGCGGCGCUGACCCGUCGCUGCGCAACCGGCGAGGCAAGGCCGCCAUGGACGUGGCCCAGCCGCACGUGCGCGCGCUGCUGCUGCAGGCCGGCCCGGCCGCAGGAGGCGGCGAGGCUGCCGUGGCAGGCGAACAGGCGGGCGCGGGCCAGGGCGACACCAGUGCCCCCUGUGAGAUGCGCAGGACACCGCCGCAGCAGCCGGCGGGCGGCGCCACCGGACAGGGCGGCGGCUCGGCGCAGGUGGCGGCGGCGGCCGGGGGCGGCGGGGGUGGGGCAGCGGCAGGAGGAGGAGGAGGAAGCGGCAGGGCGCCCGCCGAGGGUGGCAAGGCGGCGGGAGGGGCGGCCGGCGCUGCCAGCGGAGGCGGCACCAGGGUGACGCUGCGCCUGCACCCGGUGAAGGCGCGCGGCGACGACAAGCGCCGCGGGGGCGGCGCCGCAGCAUCUCAGGAGGCGUCAGAGGCCGCCGCCCAGUCGUCCGGAGCAAACAGGCCAGGGGCAACAGAAGAAGCGGCAGAGCCGGAGAGUGGCAGCUCGUGUCCGAGCUCUGCAGAUGUUGAGGGUGGCAGUCGGGAGGAAGGUGUUACAGGUGCCGGCAAUGUCAGUGUCGCAGGAGAGACGGGCAGUGCCACUCUGGAUGAUGCUGUCUCUUCUUCUGUUGCACUCAAGAGAACUCAUGACCCUGACACAGCCCCUGGCGAUAUUGAAGAGGAAGACAAUCGAAGAAAGAAGAGGAAAGAUGGUGAUGGCAAAGUGCGCACAACAAGUGCUACUUUGGCAAGCAAAGGUAUUAAGGCAGGAACUACCACAGUGGGUGGUACUAGCCAAAUGGGCUGCACACCAAUGGCAGGAACUGGGGCAUCGAUAACUCCAGAGGAAGAGUCUGAACGCUCUCCCAAGGUACCACCACUGAAGAUUGUAAUUCCUGCAGCCAGCACUGCAGAUCAGGACCCAGGGGGUGCGCGUGGUAAAGUGGGUGUGCCACGGCAGGCACUGCCAUAUGUUGUGGCAUCACAAGAUGGUGCCGGCAGUAGUGGCAGCAGUGCUAAUGCUGAGGAUGCUAUCAGUUCAGAGCAGUCACAGGUGCCGUCCUCUGGUGAGCAGGCCUGUACAUCGACUGGCACCUCUGAGGAAGGAGUACGACCACAGCGUGUGUUGCGUUCUUCCAAUCGUUCUACCUCAAAUGCAUCGUCGCCUGCUCCCAGUGGAUCCUCGCCGCACCAGCCGCAACGUCAGUCUCCUCCUCCUAUAACUACUUCAGACACACUCGAAUCUUCAUCCGGAUCUGUGUCUGCAGGAAUGACACUGACUUCAACAUCAACAACUGUGUCACCACCGGAAAGCAGUGGUGCUCCCAUUUCAAAUUCCAUUCUGACAUCUGGUGGGGCAGUGUCAGAGCAGACAGAUCGUGGCAGUAGUCCACUGUUAAAUUCACAACAGCAACAACAACAACAGCCACAGCAACAAGAGCAGUCACAGAAGGAGGCACAGCAACAGCCAUCAUUACAGUCACCUCAACAGCUGCCGUCCCAGCAGCAGCAGACAUCUCCAGAACAGCUGCAACAGUCACAGCAGCAGCAGCAACAGCAGCAGCCACCCCAGCUGCAACACAUACAGCAAUCUCAGCAACAGCAGCAGCAACAACAGCAACAACCGCAGCCACAGCAGCAGCAACAACAGCAGCAGCCACAACAACAAUUACAGCCACAGCAGCAGCAACAACAACAGCCACAGCAGCAGCAGCAACAACAACAGCCGCAGCAGCAGCAACAACAACAACAACAACAGCAGCAGCAGCCACAGCCACAGCCACAGGCACAGCAACAAUCAUUGACACCACAGCAACAGCAGCAACAACAACAACAGCAACAGCAGCAACAGGCACAGCCAUCAACAACACAGCAGCAACCACAACAACAGCAACAACAAAUUCAUACACAACAGACAACAACUCAUCAGGAAGCUGGCUCAAAUAUGCCAUCUUCAGUGACACAGUCAGCACCAUCUUCCAGUUCAGUAGAACUGCAUCCACGAAAACGCAAGAUGAAGCAGAAUCGUGAUGCUUCCAUGGCUAGCAGCAGUUCUGGAGCUGGUGUUACACCAGUAGCAGUGAGCAGCUCCAGUGGGGUGACAGUAGGACAGGGCUCCAACGUGCAGGUGACAAUUGCCGCACAGGCGUCCUCUGCCGGUUCAGAUGCUUCGGACUCUGGUGGUACUGCUCCUGACGUUCAUCCACAUGACCAACCUAUCACCAACUGUUACCAGUUAUUCCUCAAUAUCCGAAAACAGAUUGAGAGGAGAAGAAAAGGUCUCUUUCCGGUGCAGCCAAAACCACCUCAGGGUUUCAAGGACUAUCUUAUGAAUCGUUGUACUUAUCUAUUGGCUGGUAAUGCAUCAUCUCGAAUGUCAGUUCCAAUGGCAAAUCCGCCCCAGAGUCUCAACCCUGCUAUGAAGGAUCUUUUUGUUGAACAAGAAAAGGAAAGACACCGCUUGCGUAUGCAGCAUGUUAUAGAAAAGGAGAAGCUAGUACUUUCAGUUGAGCAAGAAAUUCUGCGUGUACAUGGACGGGCUGCACGUGCCUUAGCAAAUCAAUCCUUGCCAUUCUCUGUCUGCACUAUUCUCAAGGAUGAAGAAGUCUACAAUGUCAUCACACCUGAACAGGAGGAGAAGGAUCGCAAUGCACGCUCACGCUACAAUGGACGUCUUUUCCUCAGUUGGUUGCAAGAUGUUGAUGAUAAAUGGGAGAAAAUAAAGGAGGCAAUGUUACAGCGGCACCGAAUUGAGGCAGGAGCACUACAUGCAGUUCAGUGUAUGGACUGGGAAUGGAAAAUGAAAGAGCUGAGUUUGUGUGAAUAUAAGGCCCGGCCCAGUAUUGAUGAAAGCCAUGUGCCAAUGGUGUUGGUUAAUGAUGAUUUUGAUCUCUUGCCAGCCUGAGUACGUAUUCCAUUUAAGUUGCAAGCUUGCAUCUCAAAUAGGCUAUAUUACAGAAAUGUAAAAAGGAAGAUGUGGCAACAAAACUGUGAAAGAUCUCCCAGCAUCACAUGUAAGCUACAUACUAUCAGUGUGACACUUCAUUACUUCUUUUCAUUGGUAGUUGCUGUUCUCUUAGCAAGUGUACUUGGGAAUGCUGUUUGUUGGUGCAAAAUUAAUUUUUCUGUGCAUCUUUGUAUUUGUACAUAUGAGAAAUGUAAAAUAAAGAUACUAUUUUUAAAAUGUCUGUUAAUAAAUAGCAUUGUAAUGAAA